AGCUCAGAUUGGCUGUCAAGGCUUCUGGCUUUGCUCUCAUGACCGACCGAAAGCAAAAAUCAUCUGUCUCCUUCCCCAAUUUUUCGAUCCCUUCAAAGACGCAAAUCGGAAAGAGAGAGGGGUCUUCCUAGAGAGAGAGAGAGAGAGAGAGAGCGGAGAGCGAAAACAGGUAACUGCCCCUUUUGAUCCGAACCCUAUUUUCAUACGUGAUGCCCUCUAAUUUCGCUUCUGAUCUAUGGCUUAUUUCUGUUUUCCAAUCUGCCAUUCACCGGCUAAUUAUAGUAUUUGACUCAUUCUUUUCUCACAUUUUGGACUCCAUCUAAUGCUAAUCUUUUUUCUUUUUCUUUCUGAAUUGUUCUUUUGAAUUUUGUUCAAAUUUAGGGUUUCUGUCACAAAUCUCCUCGUGGUUUUUGUUUUUUUAAUGCUAACUCGAAUGCUUUUUCUUUGAAACCUAUUGACGUUCUGUCAAUUUUUUUUUUAAAAACAAAUUUCUCGUUCUACUUCUAAUUUUCCAAAUUCAAUUGAGGGAUUGUCGGCGUUAAUUUGAUUCUUGACUGUGCUUGAAUACAUAGUUCUUCAUUUUGCUGUCGUUGUAAGCUUGAAAUUGUGUUCUUGAUGGAGGAUGAUUUUUAUCACCAUGGUUAUGCGGCACAUGCGCCUUCUCCUGGUUACUUUGUACGACUGGAGAAUACAAGUACAGAAGACGAUAUUUAUUUGAGAAGGAAACCAAGGAUGCGUAGGUGGCUUUGUUGUUCAUGUCAAGUUGAAGAGUCUUACCCAUCAAAUGAAAAUGAAUAUCUGAAAAGCCCGAGGAACCAUGCCGAUGGUAACCAAAAAGGCUCAAAGGUAUCAGCUCCUGUAAAACCUGAAGUGCAAAAGGCAGCCCCACCUAUUGAAGUGCCUGCAUUGUCUUUGGAUGAAAUGAAAGAAAAGACUGAUAACUUUGGAUCAAAAGCUCUGAUUGGUGAAGGAUCUUAUGGACGAGUGUAUUAUGCAAACUUAAAUAGUGGAAAAGCUGUGGCUGUGAAAAAACUUGAUGUUUCUUCUGAGCCCGAGUCAAAUGUUGAGUUUUUGACUCAGGUUUCCAUGGUUUCAAGAUUGAAGCAUGAAAAUCUUGUCGAGUUGCUUGGUUAUUGUGUAGAAGGAAAUCUUCGUGUCUUGGCAUAUGAGUUUGCUACAAUGGGAUCUCUACAUGACAUUUUGCACGGUAGAAAGGGGGUCCAAGGGGCACAGCCUGGUCCUACACUUGAUUGGAUGCAGCGGGUUAGAAUUGCUGUUGAUGCUGCAAGAGGAUUGGAGUAUUUGCAUGAGAAGGUUCAGCCAUCUAUAAUACACAGGGAUAUCAGAUCAAGCAAUGUACUAUUAUUUGAAGAUUUCAAAGCCAAGAUUGCAGAUUUUAACCUUUCAAAUCAAGCUCCUGACAUGGCUGCCCGCCUUCAUUCUACUCGAGUUUUGGGAACUUUUGGUUAUCAUGCGCCAGAGUAUGCAAUGACUGGACAAUUGACACAGAAGAGUGACGUGUACAGCUUUGGGGUGGUUCUUCUAGAGCUUCUGACUGGGAGGAAACCUGUUGAUCAUACCAUGCCUCGUGGACAGCAGAGUCUUGUUACGUGGGCUACUCCAAGACUGAGUGAAGACAAAGUUAAACAAUGUGUAGAUCCAAAGCUAAAGGGAGAAUAUCCCCCUAAAGGAGUUGCCAAGUUGGCUGCUGUGGCAGCAUUAUGCGUCCAGUAUGAAGCUGAGUUUCGGCCAAAUAUGAGCAUUGUGGUCAAGGCCCUCCAACCACUUCUGAAGCCUCCAGCCCCAGCUGCUGAUGCCCAAGCCUAGUCCAAGUUCUGGUUUGUGCGGGGACUUUCUGCAUAGUUUGCACAGUUUGCUUUCAUUUGACGGCAGGUUUCGACGGGUCACUAAAAUAUAUGCUCCGUUUAUUUUUUUUCCCUGAUCUUAACGUCUGCUUGUUGAUGAGUAGGAGGAUUUGAUCGACCCUUUUCAUGUUGCUGGUAUGUUGUGUCUGCUGUUUGUUGCACGCCGCACAGUGAUGACUCUGUUUUCUAAGCCAAUGUGUUUUUUUUUUUCAAGUCAUAAAUUUGCAAUCGGAUUGGUUUUGAGGGGGAAUAUAUUUGUUAUUUGAGUA